UCCACAAAGCGAACGAUACACAAAAAUGUUAAAGAACGCUGUGAAUGCAAUGAAAAAUAUCGGAAAAUCUCGAUCGAGAAGUGCAAGUCGCGAGAAGGUGCUCAAAGACUCGGCCGUACAAGCUUCACCAUCAUCCCGUGAAGCCGUCCAAGUCGUCAAGGCAAUCGCCCAACCAGUCGUCGAACAAAAAUAAAUAUU